AUGGCGACGAAACAGCCUGCAAAGACGACCUUUGAGGUCGCAAAUGUCAUCCAGCCGAUCUACACAGGUGGAUCUGUCGCUCUUGAAAACGGCGCUCGCAUCCUCGCGUCCACACUCGGCGAGAAUGCCAUCCUCACUGAGUUGAAUACGGGCAAGCGCCUGGCCGAAAUUCAGGGAGAUGGCGAGCCAAUUUCAACCCUGACCAUCACCCCGUCUGGGUCUCAUCUCAUCGUCUGUUCUCGAUCAUUAACAAUGCGCAUCUACUCGCUUGCCAUUUCUCCAGAUUACGAUUCCGUCGAGCCGACGCUUGUCAGGACAACAAAACCCCAUGCUACCCCAGUCGUAGUUCUUGCUGUCGACCGGACCAGCACUCUGCUUGCCACUGGUGCAGCUGACGGAGCCAUCAAGAUUUGGGACAUCAUCGGGGGAUAUGUCACGCACACUGUCAGUGGGCCGAGCGUGCUUGUCUCAGCGCUGCAUUUCUUCGAGAUUGCCGUAACCGCUGAGAGUCAAUCAUCCAAUAAGAAGCCAAAGAAGGGCUCGCGAAAGGGCCAGAACGAUGACGCCGACGAGAUUGCAUCCCGUUUCCGGCUAGCCUGGGGCACACAGGACGGCCGGAUUCGCAUAUUCGAUCUUUACAAGCGCACGACGACCCCGGUGUAUGCCGACCCGAAGAGGAAAAAGGAGGCGCACGAGUCCAACGUGCAAUGCAUCGCCUACUCUCCAGAGCAACACGCCCUAUUGAGCGGCAGCAGAGACAAGACCAUGACCUUGUGGCUGUGGCGGGAUGGCAUCUGGCAAGGCACACCAAUGUUGCGCCACGAACUGUUGGAGUCGGUCGGCUUUCUCAACGAAGGCAAAUGGAUGUAUUCAGCUGGUACCAGUGGUGUGCUGCGCAUCUGGGACACAACAACGCACCACGAAAUUACCAAGAAGCAAGAUGCAAAGUCGGAGGGCGAGGCUAUCCUUUCCGCUGUUUCCCUGCCCGAGAGGUCCCUGAUACUUUGCGCACAGGCGGACUUUACUCUCGUCCUGUACCGUGUGCCAUCGCCGGCAGACGUCGUCUCGUCAUCAGAAGGGAUACUCCUGGAGCCAUUCCGCCGUAUUUCCGGUACACACGAUGAAAUUCUUGAUCUGACUUACAUCUUGCCCGAUCAGUCCAUGAUGGCAAUCGCUACGAACUCUGAAGACAUCAGGAUUGUAUCUGUCAAGGAUGCCCAGGCUUACUCAGAAGACAACGCAGAGUGCCGUUCCGGCUCUUACUUUGGGCACGAUGUAGCGUUACUAAAGGGGCAUGAAGAUAUUGUUAUGUCCUUGGACGUCGACUGGUCCGGGCACUGGAUUGCUAGUGGCUCUAAGGACAACACGGCACGGUUAUGGCGUGUCGACCCCGCGAAUAACUCCUACACAUGCUAUGCUGUUUUCACUGGUCACCUUGAGUCCGUGGGAGCUGUUGCGCUUCCUAAGGUUGUCCCGCCAGCGAAUUCAGAGGCAUUCAAAAACCCCCUCGAUCACCCACCUGCGUUCCUUAUCUCUGGUUCGCAGGAUCGUUUCGUCCAGAAAAGAGACAUCCCGCGGCAAUUACAGAAAGGCGGAAAGCUGACGUCGAGUCUUCGACGUCUGGCUCAUGAUAAAGACAUCAAUGCACUUGACAUCAGCCCCAAUGGGAAGCUCUUUGCUUCAGCAUCUCAAGACAAGACGGUGAAGAUUUGGGAUGUGGAAAAACUAGAAGUGCAGGGUAUCCUCAGGGGUCACAAGAGAGGUGUUUGGACUGUCAGGUUCGCGCCACUAAACACACCGGUGAUUCAAGGCGAGCAAGGUUCAGUUUCGGGAAGGGGCGUCGUUCUAACUGGUAGCGGUGACAAGACGAUAAAGCUCUGGAACCUGUCCGAUUACACCUGCAUCCGGACAUUCGAAGGCCACUCGCAUAAUGUCCUCAAGGUUGUGUGGUUGCACAUUUCCCGUGACGACUCAAUUACCAAGACAAAGGUGCAAUUUGCCAGCGCUGGCGCUGACACGCUCGUCAAGGUGUGGGAUGCCAACACUGGUGAGACUGAGUGCACACUUGACAACCAUGAGGAUCGGCUAUGGACGCUGGCGGUGCAUUCCAAGACCAAUAUACUGGCCUCUGCCGGCAGCGAUUCCAAGGUGACUUUCUGGAGAGACACCACCGCUGAGACACAAGCUGCGGCUGCCCAGGCAGCGCUUAAGUUAGUCGAACAGGAGCAGACAUUGGAGAACUACAUCCAUGCGGGUGCCUACCGCGACGCCAUCGUUCUUGCUCUGCAACUUAACCACCCCGGCCGGCUGCUCAACCUUUUCACCAACGUCGUCACAACCCGCAAUCCUGACCCAGACAGUUUGACUGGCCUCAAGGCGGUCGAUGACGUGCUUGCUAAGCUCUCAGACGAGCAGAUCUUCCAGCUCCUGCUGCGCCUGCGUGACUGGAACACCAACGCGCGCACUGCACCCGUCGCACAGCGCGUUCUCUGGGCAUUAUUCAAAAGCCACCCGGCCAAUAAGUUGUCCAGUCUGUCUGUCAAAGGUGCUCGGGGACACAAAAGCUUGAACGAGGUGCUAGACGCCAUCAAGGUUUAUACGGAGAGGCACUACAAGCGGAUUGAAGAACUGGUGGACGAAAGUUAUCUGGUGGAAUAUACGUUGCGUGAGAUGGAUGCUCUCACGCCGCAAACUGAGGCACUGGAGGCUGGUGAGGACGCUGUAAUAGCAGAAGCGUGA